UGUCAAGCUCCCUGCUCUGGCCACGGCGGCUCCGCGGGAGCGCAGGCUGGGCCAGUGGUGAUGUAGCGGUGGCCGGGCAGGGACAGGGGCAGAGGCAGGGAGCGGACGGGCCCCGGCAGCAGGCAGCAGCCCCCAGGUGCAGGUGAAAGAGUGCAGCAGUCUCUGGAGCGUGGGUGUGAACCAGGCAGUCUCUCAAUGCCAGCAUCCCUGCCAGCACUAACUAGGCUCACCAAGUAACCCUAUCUGGGAACUUCCUGUUCCUUUAGUUAAGUCAUCCCUGCCACGUGUUGUAAGGUGAGAGAUUCCCUUACACAGGAGGGCGCAGAGGCUCACUGCUGCAGUUGGAGCUUGCUGGUGACCCAGCUGUUCUGCAGAGAGCAGGGAAAAGAGGCUACAAGGCAUGAAAAGGCCAGUGCUGUCAGCUGCCAGACACCAAGCAAGACUCCUCUGCACUGUCUCCCCGUGAAAGCAAGGUCCCUGGGAAGAAGAAAGCAGAUCUGUAGCUCCGAAGAAGAGAGUUCAUUCAGGCAGUGCUUUAUUUUUAAACUCUGAUCCUCCCAGUUCCUUGCCUGGCGAAGUAAUUAAACUGGAAUGACCCAAGGAGCUGAAAUCAGGGGAACUUUAUUUAUUCUUUUCAAAGGAGAGAACCCAAAUUCCACUCCCCUUGAACUUUAUUAUAAAAUCCUGCUUUGUAACACCCAGGUUUGAAAGACUCUUUGACUCUGUUUUAUGUUUUCCCCGCUUCCCCUUAAAAGCAACUGAGUACGAGUCCAGCUGCUGGAGCCAGGGCUGGGUGGGGGAACUCUGCGCGUUGGAAGAAGAUGCACUAAGGGGUCAAGAACCAAAGAAGAGAAUCCGGGAGACUGCGUGUGCUUCUACGGCUCGUUCUUCUGGGAACAGGAGAACCGGAGCCAAGCGGUUGUAUCUGGAAUCUCCUCCUGCUUCUCUGCCGGCUUGGUGGUUGGUGUCUCCCGUUUCUGGAUUGUGCUUGAUGGGGAUCUCUGCUAGGGGAUCAGCUUCUGCAGUCGAGGGCAGGCGCACAAGAACAAAGGAGGUGGUAUCUAGAUGCCGGAAGGGGCAUUGGCUUAAGCCCCGGGCAGGUCUUUUCUGGGACAGCUGCCUGCUGUAGCCCCACCAGGUUGAGGGUCGGGGGGACAUUCACCCUUCAGCAUGUCCUCCAAGCUGGAACAGAAGGAGACUCACCAGACCAAUGGGGUGGUGCUGCCAAUCGUGGCUGUGCCCGUGGACUGCCUGGCCAGUCCGGACCGGCAGCAGCUCGUGGAGCCCUCGGAGUUCUUGGAGCCUGACGGGGAAGGGGUGGAGGUGGCGGUGCUGGAGUCCCGGGCCAACGCCAAAGGGGUACGAGAAGAGGACGCCCUGUUGGAGAACGGCAGCCAGAGCAACGAGAGCGACGACACCAGUACGGAUCAGGGCCCCGAGCCUGCUUCCCCUCUCAAGGAGACCUCCUUCUCCAUCGGGCUGCAGGUCCUCUUCCCUUUCCUGCUGGCCGGGUUUGGGACGGUAGCGGCUGGCAUGGUGCUGGACAUAGUACAGCACUGGGAUGUGUUCAAAAAUGUGACUGAAGUAUUUAUCCUGGUUCCUGCAUUGCUGGGACUGAAGGGGAACCUAGAGAUGACGCUGGCAUCUCGUCUUUCUACAGCUGCUAACAUCGGGCACAUAGACACACCCAAGGAACUCUGGAGGAUGAUAAUGGGGAACAUGGCUCUGAUUCAGGUUCAAGCUACAGUGGUCGGUUUCCUGGCUUCGAUUGCUGCCGUGAUAUUUGGCUGGAUCCCAGAUGGGCACUUCAGCAUGAACCAUGCCAUCCUGCUCUGUGCCAGUAGUGUCGCCACAGCCUUCAUCGCUUCACUCGUGCUGGGCAUGAUCAUGAUCGGAGUUAUCAUCGGAUCCAGGAAGAUCGGGAUCAACCCGGAUAACGUGGCCACGCCCAUUGCUGCCAGCCUGGGGGACCUCAUCACCUUGGCGCUGCUUUCAGGGAUCAGCUGGGGCCUCUACAUAGAGCUGGAGGACAAAGUGUACGUGAAUCCUUUGGUGUGUGCCUUCUUCAUAGCCCUGCUACCGCUCUGGAUCAUCAUUGCCAAGAGGAAUCCAGUAACCCGGGAGGUGCUGUACUCUGGGUGGGAGCCAGUCAUCAUUGCCAUGGCUAUUAGCAGUGUUGGAGGGUUAAUAUUGGACAAAACUGUGUCGGAUCCAAACUUUGCGGGGAUAGCCGUCUUUACGCCGGUGAUUAAUGGUGUCGGUGGCAACCUGGUAGCUGUCCAGGCUAGUCGCAUCUCCACUUACCUCCACAUGAGCGGAAUCCCGGGCGAGAGCUCAGAGAUGGCCCCGCGCAAGUGCCCCACCCCCUGCAGCGCAUUCUUCAGCUCAGAUGUGAAUUCCCGCUCUGCCCGCGUGCUCUUUCUCCUGGUGGUUCCCGGGCACUUGGUUUUCCUCUACACCAUCAGCUCCAUGCAAGGCGGGCACACCACGCUCACCCUGAUCUUCGUAGUCUUCUACAUGACAGCUGCACUUCUUCAGGUUCUCAUUCUACUCUACAUUGCCGACUGGAUGGUGCAUUGGAUGUGGGGUAGGGGCCUGGAUCCCGACAACUUUUCCAUCCCUUACUUGACGGCACUGGGUGACCUGCUUGGGACAGGUCUCUUGGCUCUCAGUUUCCACGUUCUCUGGCUCAUCGGUGACCGGGACACGGACGUGGGAGACUAGCUAUCCCCUUCUUUCCUCCUUCCCUUCCUUCUGUCUCUCUUGGGACUUCAGCUUUGAUCCUGGAUUCUCAUUAUUUUCAAUGGGAAUUUUAUGUGGUUUAUAUUUCAAGCCCAGUUUGUACAGAAAAAUCUAGUUUUAGAAAGGACAAAAAAAAGUGUAAGAGACAAUCACCAAGUGCAAUUUUAUAGCAGUAGCAUCUGAACCAAGGUUCUAUUGGAAAUGUUGAUUGAGUAGUCGGAUCAUAAAGGAAACCCGCACCCGUCACUAGAGGUGAAGCAUCACUCUUUUGGUUCAUAAGCAUUCAAUGUUCAAGAUACAAUUGAGGUUUGUUUUUAAUUAUAAACUGAACAGGCACCUCCCAGGAGGGAACACUCUAUAAAUUAGGAUUUGGGACAUCCCCAGAUCCUCCCCCAAAGCCCCACUUUAUGCCUGGAUUCUAAAUCAAAGAAGAUUCUGGUUAGAGAACUAGCUUGAGUGGGCCAGAAAGAGGCCUUUUAAACAUCCACUCCCACCCCCAGAUGCUUAUAAGGAGCGCUCACCCGGUUUAUUUGAGGCUUUAAAACAUAACCCUAAAGUUGCUGGAUUUUUAAUUGUAUGUAGGGCUUUAGUUUGCCCCUUAAAAAGUCUGAAAUGCAUUCCUCUUUCCAGAACACACACACACCCUGCACUCUUGUAGUAGCUCUUAUUUUCUGAUACUGGGUCAACUUUUGUGUCUCUCCCACAAGCUCCUUAAAACAAUGCUGUUUUUCUCCUUUUUGGCUUUUCCCAGAGAGCUGGGUAUUACGUGCAACAAGUGCGAAGUGAUACUCAAUGUGUUGUGUAGAUUUUGACUUUCUUCGCCCUAAGUGAGGCUCAGUUUCAGGGGGUGAUGGUUGCUGCUCAAUAUAUUGGCACUCUACCACAGCCACAUAAGUAUGGCAGUCCUGACUCUCUUGGGAGGGAGUGGUUUGCUUGGAAGACCACCCCACCUUGUCCUUACCGUGGGCCAAACAAGACCGCAACAGGCCAGCCAAGUGUAUCUGUCAUGACCAGCAAUUGACCCAUGCUGCAAAAUUCCAGUCUGGAAUUGGCUCAGAGCUUUCCCUGCAGUUCAGUGCUAGAGACCUGGUUUAAGGCCAGGCAUCAGGACAGGCUCCAGGGUUUUUGCCGCCCCAAGCGGCGUGGGGGGGGAAAAGCCAUGACCGCAAUUGCGAUCAGCAGCACUCUGGCGGCAGCUCCACCGCGCCACUUUCUUCUUCAGCGGGAAUUCAGCGGCAGGUGCUUCCCUCCCAGAGGGACCCGCUGCCGAACAGCCCGACGUGACGUGCCGCCCCUUCCCCUUGGCCGCCCCGAGCACCUGCUUGCUGGGCUGGUGCCUGGAGCCGGCUCUGCCAGGCAUGUUGACAGGUUUGAAACUAAAAGGGAAGUUCCAUCAUGGACUGUUGGGGAAACUAUACCAAAAAAUACAGGAACCUAUAUAGGUGUCUAAACCAAACCACGUUUAGUGUCUUGCAUGUCAAAAAGAUAAGAGCUGAGGGACCACUGUCUAAAGGUACUUGUAGAAGAAUCGUUUCCUGUUUCACACUGAGGGAUGCCUCUUUUUUAUGGUCUUAACUGUACAGGGUAUUUGGGAGACCUGGCUUACAUGAAGACUGCCUUAAGUCACAGAAUUGCAGUUCUUAAUAGAGUGCUGUCUCGCAGACCCUGCGCUAGUAGGGAGUGUGUUUCCAGAGGGCUUUCAUUUCUAGGUUAGAAAGCCUCGGAACUGCUCUCUUCAAAUGUCACUUGUGAAUUUCAGAGCUACAAUCGCAUCUCUUCACCCCAGCGACUUCUCACUAAUCUAACUUGUGCAGGGCAUCUGUUGAAAUUUUGCUGCACUGAAGUCUCAAUUCCUUCGAGAUCUUCUCCUGCACCUCAGCGUUAACAGACACAAAAAACUGUUCACUUGCUUCCAUGCCCAGUAUUGAGAGAUGCAUUUGAGAUUUCCCGUCCCUAACACUUGAGCUUUUAGUAGACCCACUCCUACUAUUUUACAUGCCUCAUCAGUUCCCUAACUAAAGACUCGUGCCAGUGAAAGAGAGAAACCCUCCAUGAUCUCCACUGAAAAACUGAGGGAGGUAGAGGUGAUUGUUUUAAGAGCCAUAGUUCUACUUGGGUGAGGUACCUACAUUUUUACCAGGUUGAGGGAAGGGAGGGUGGGCAGGGAGGGUAAGAACUUAAUUUACAUUUAAAUUUAAAAAAGCUUUGAAGGAAAACUUUAUUUUUUUUUUUUUUAGUUUUCACCAGUUGAACGCGAAUGCAUGUGUACUUUAGAUCUGGCUGCAAAUGAAGAGAAUAUUGGGUUCCUCUUUGUAUGAAAAUUUAAAAAAGACUGUCUUAAAUAUUUAUAGUUGUAUAACUGAAUUGACAAAUGUCAACUUAUCUGAUUUUUAAAUUAUAUUUGGUAAAAUAAAGAUGGCAUUUAUUUA